AUGGCAGGCAGAGGACGAUUCGAAUCGCCAACGGAUAUAGAUGACUUCAGUAUCCUUUUCCCUCUGCCAUUCCGGGUUGCCAUUCUCCUUGUGGCAGGCUUUUGGGGAUGGGGAAUCAACUUACACUAUCUGUCAAAGACAAACAUUGACGUUCCGGGCUUAAUUCGUUAUCCGUCUCGACAGUCACCUCACCAGAUUACACAUUAUCUUUCGACGUAUCGUUUAGCGACACUUCUCUCGAUUCCGUUGGGCGUUUUUUUGGUUUUAUUUUGGAUCGUAACACGUGCAACCCCACAACUAGUACUUCUCUGGGAGGUCAUUCCGCAGACCUACAUCUUUCUCAUGCUGGUCCUUGUACUCUUCCCUUUUCAUCGCCAGUCCUCAAAUGGACGACAUCGACUUAUUACUUCUCUUCGACGGAUUAGCAUUGGGGGGUUGGCAGAGGCACAGGAUGGAAAAUUUGGUGACAUACUCCUGGCCGAUGCGCUCACGAGCUACGCCAAAGUUUUUGGAGAAAUUUAUAUAAACUACUGCUUGUUCUUCUCCCGCACCGUCUCAAGUACGGGAAAGGCUGAUCGCAAAUGCGGGGCGCCAUUUAUCGUCCCUUUGCUCAUUGCCAUUCCUUAUGCGAUUCGGUUUCGGCAGUGCAUGAUAGAGUUCGGCCGAGUGCGACGCGCUGGCGAUGGCUGGGGUGGACAACAUCUGGCAAACUCCAUUAAGUACUCGACGGCUUUUCCAGUGAUAAUAUUCAGCAAUUUGGAGCGCAACUACAGCUCCACGUCAUCUCAUAUAUUGAGUGAAACCGCUGUGUCAAGGUUGUGGGCGCUCUUUUGCUUCAUCAACUCUGCCUAUUCUUUCUAUUGGGAUGUUACCAAAGAUUGGGACUUGACCUUGUUAACACAGGAGAACCGAGUUCGACGACGUGAUCAUCCGUUUGGACUACGUCGACUACGAACAUUUCCUCGAAAAGAAUUAUACUAUGGCGUGAUCGCCAUUGAUCUUGUCUUGCGAUUCACUUGGCUCUCUCGUCUGUCUUCCCGCUUAGACAGAGUCAACAACGUCGAGAGCGGCAUCUUUUUGCUGAUGCUCCUUGAAAUUACUCGCCGAUGGAUAUGGGUUUUUUUCCGUAUAGAGACCGAAUGGGUCCGGUCAAAUCGGGGCCCAGCCCCAGAUGAUAUAUUACUCGGCGAUUUCGACGGAAAACUUGACGACGAUUAG